AUGGAGCUCUUAAAUACAAAUCAGCAGCUGAAAAGGGAGGCCUGUCAAGAUCACGUCGCUUUGAGUCGUGCACACUGGCAACACCAGAAGAUCAUCAUCGUGCACGCUAACAGCUCACCAGCAGAUAAAGUCCUGAGAACAUCUGUCAAGUCCCUCUGCAUGCAUUUCACCCUGCACGUCACCCUGCAUGCCGAUGCCAUCCACCGUGGCAGCGGCCAGAUCAUCCCCACAGCCCGGCGGUGCCUCUACGCUUGCAUGCUGACAGCUCAGCCCCACCUCAUGGAGCCAAUCUAUCUGGUGGAGAUCCAGUGCCCUGAACAAGUAGUGGGUGGCAUUUAUGGAGUGCUGAACAGGAAAGGAGGCCACGUUUUUGAAGAGUCCCAGAUGGCUGGAACCCCCAUGUUUGUGGUCCAGGCCUACCUGCCUGUGAACGAAACUUUUAGUUUCACAGCCGACUUGAGAUCCAACACCGGAGGCCAGGCUUUCCCGCAGUGCAGGAACACUGGAGGCCAGGCUUUACCGCAGUUCGAUCACUGGCAGAUUCUCCCUGGGGAUCCCUUCGACAGUGCCAGCCGUCCUUCUCAAGCGGUCAGCGAGACACGCAAGUGGAAAGGGCUGAAAGAAGGCAUCCCCAUGCUGGAUAACUUCCUGGAUAAAUUGUAAACUGGUCGAAUGAAAUAAUACCGCACCAGAU